GUAGUGAUAGCAGUGAUGGUCAUCAUCAUCAUUUGCGCGCAUAUGCGACGCCGUCGCCGAGGUUCGUCCGAGUUCGACUAUGGCUUCAUGGGGUUUCAAGAUCCUCCCCUGGCGGGGACAUCGUACACCGGACCCUCUUCUCUUGCCGACAUGGUGCAACGCGGAGAUCACUGCCUUGCCUCGACCCCUGAGAUGACGCCGUACACCCCAUCAGCGUCACCUAACACCUUCAUACUCUCGAAGAAGGCGUUGUCCGCUGCAUCUGUCCGCCCGCUCUCCGACGCCACCAACAGCAGCACCUCUGCAUCGGAUAAUGCAGUAGUGCCGUCUCCCCUAGGACUCUCAAGCGCUAUCGCUGUGACCGUAGGCGGUGCGAACGCGGACUCGCAUGAUCAAGAGCAGAACCGCGAUACAGGUAACGAAGAAUCUCCGCCCGCGUACACGCCUGCUCCGGCGCACGAUGCCAUCGCGAUCGCGAUGUAGUCGAGCGGUGCGGGCGGUAUAUGGUGUAGUUGGGUCUGUAUGUCACUUCUGUGGACUUUGUUAAGCUUUGGUUGCACCGUGGAUGAUGACGGAGACUUACCACACCUGACUGUCGCUACGUCGCACCUCUACACAUGCCGCCCGUUUACUCAUCAGCAUAUUCAUUUUCGGCAGCCGCCUGACCGGGCGGCAUGCUUCUCGUUGUGGGUCCAGUGGGAACGCUGCGGAACUUGGACGCUCGUACCUGCCGCCGGAGCCUGGCGGUGGGAGGCAUCGAUGACAUGCGCCUUCCUCAUGAUAUGUAUCACGCUGACAGACCGACAUGAGUCCUAC